GAGACCGGGCAGUUGCUCAGAGACAAUACCCAAAAAGGUUUGGAGACAGAGAAACCUAAACACUGGGAAACUGGUGGUUUUUAAAAGAAAGUCAAACUUUUCAGAAAACGAGAGCCUGAGAGGAUAGGAAAUAUGUGAAGAAAAAAAAAACAACAAUCCUCGAAUGACCACUGAAAGGGAUUCUGCCGUGGCCAGAAUGCAAAGAAGAGAAACACAGUGAGUGCUUGAGUUUGGAGAAUUUUACAGCUCUGGAGAAAAAGUUUCCACAAAACAUUUUGGAUUGAACUCCAGUUCAACUUUGGUUAAAGAGAAAGAAAAUAAAUAGAGGUGGAAAGAAAACCUGAGAGACUCUGUUCGCUGUUUUACUGAAGCUCAUUACGAUCUGUCGUUGGGGAUGCGGAUCUUCAGCAAAAACCUUCGCCUUCAGGACAUAACCAUCAUGUAUUUUACUGCUCUGGCUGCUCUAAUGGUCAUCUUGGUGGCUUCUUACCAGGCGCCCAACAAUGCUGUUGAAGUGUCCAGCCUUAAACCGAACCCCUCUCGCCCUCUCCCACCUCUCCCCAUGCCUUUCCGGGUGCCCCUUGAUCCACGUGGGGAGCUCCAGCUGGCUUGGAAUGUCAGCUACACCAACCAGGAGAUUUAUAUGGAGCUGAGGGUUGCAGAGCUCAGACACGGGGUGGUCCUGGGGAUGUCCGAUCGGGGAGAGCUGACCAAUGCUGACCUGUUGGUGUUGUGGGACUCUGGAACCCAGAGCUACUUUGGAGAUGCUUGGAGUGACAGCAAGGGUCAUGUAUCACUAGACAGCCAACAAGAUUACGACCUGAUUGAAGCCAAACAGAAAGCUGAAGGAUAUUACCUGCUCUUCAAAAGACCAUUCAGUACCUGUGAUCCCAGAGACUACGUCAUAGAGGAGGGGACUGUGCACAUCAUCUACGGCUUCUUGGAUAAACCACUUGCCUCACUGGAUAAGCUGAACCUGUCUGAGAUCCGCACCGGUGUACAGAGAGUCCUGAUGUUGCGUCCCGACACGCCGCCACCUACCCUGCCUCCAGACGUACAAAUGUUAGAUGUAGUGGCACCAAAUGUCAUCAUCCCAAAUCAAGAGACCACCUACUGGUGCUACAUCCACAACCUGCCGGAAAAUUUGGCCAAGAACCACAUUGUUAUGUACGAGUCGGCGAUAACUCCAGGGAACGAGGCCAUCGUGCAUCACAUAGAAGUGUUUGAGUGUUCUCCGGAUGUCCCUGCAGUUCCAGGGUACAGCGGCUCCUGUGAUGACAAAAUGAAGCCGAAAAAGCUCAACUUUUGCCGACACGUGCUAGCUGCAUGGGCUAUGGGGGCUGAGGCUUUCUACUAUCCCCCUGAUGCAGGCUUGGCUAUGGGUGGACCAGGUUCCUCAAGAUUCCUCCGUCUGGAGGUCCAUUACCACAACCCUCUCCUUAUAUCCGGCCGGCGUGACUCAUCAGGGAUACGACUGUAUUACACCCCGAGCCUGAGGCGCUACGAUGCAGGGAUCAUGGAGCUGGGCCUCGUUUACACUCCUGUAAUGGCUAUCCCACCUAAACAACACACCUUUUACCUCAGUGGAUACUGCACCUCCAAGUGUACCCAAACAGCUUUGCCUUCAGGUGGAAUCUAUGUAUUUGCUUCCCAGCUGCACACCCACUUGGCGGGGCGUGGGGUGAGAACGGUUUUGGUGAGGGGAGGCAAAGAGCUGGAGGUGGUACAGGAAGACCAGCAUUUCAGUACGCACUACCAGACAAUCCGAGUUCUUAGGAAAAUGGUGAACAUUUUGCCUGGUGACGUACUUAUAACAAAGUGUACUUAUAACACAGAAGAUAGGAGCAAGCCUACAGUGGGUGGUUUUGGCAUCAUGGAGGAAAUGUGUGUCAACUACAUUCACUACUACCCCCGUACCCAGCUGGAGCUCUGCAAGAGCCACGUUGACCAAGGAUACCUGCAGAAAUAUUUUAACUUCAUUAACAGGUUCCACGGAAAUGACCAGUGUGUGUGUGGUGAGGUUAGUGUGACGGAGCAGUUUUCUCAACUAGAGUGGGAUGAAUUCACCGGAGAAGUGCUGGACUCGCUUUAUAACACAGCCCCCAUCUCGAUGCACUGCAAUCAGUCGACUGCACGCCUCUUUCCUGGUGACUGGGACAAACAGCCCAUACCAGCGGUGACCUCAGUCCUUGAAAAACCUCAGUACACCUGUAAGCGAGGCACGCUUCGCACCAACUGAUGCCUUACACCUUCAAUGUGAGCAGCAGGAUGUUUCAGCCCGAGGAAAAGGGAGACCUCAAGAGUGGAAACCCAAACAAGUUCCCACAAUUUUAUUCAGUUUGCCUUGGUUUUUAUGUGUUUGUUAUCUACUUGCUGUAACUAUAUACUUAUAUAAAUUCCUGCAGUCUGUGUUAUCGUUAGCACAUAUAUAUUCUGUUAGUAACAAUCACAUUUUUCCCCCCCAUUGAAACCAUUUAAAACUCUACAAAUUGGGAAUGGCAGGUAUCAAACUAAAUUAAAAUAAUGCUGGCAGUUUUUUUGUAGCUGUUAUCAACAGACAUGUUACGUUUGUGCCGAGACAUAACAUAUCUGCAUGUUUGUUCCCUGUGAUCCUGUUGACCAACUCAAAACAUUUGGGCUGGAAACAUGAUGUCAUUUGGUGAAUAAUUACAAUCUGUACUAAACACAACAUAAUAAGUGACUUGAGUGUUAUUCAAAGGCAAGAAAUUAAAUAAAAAUAAUUUAAAAUAAACACAUUUUUAUCCUUUCCUUAGUUAAAGUAAAUGGAUGGAUGAAUAAUGAAUGUCACAAAGUGUUGAAUGUUAAAAAGAGAUUUAUUAAUACACAAAUCGCUUUGGACAGAAGAAAUGAAUGAGGGUUAACAUUUGCUUUAUAAUUUGACUGGCCGCCACAUCUUUCCACCUCUCAUUUUUUAUUCAUUUUAAACUGGUCAAGUUUUUCCUCUCUAAGCAUUAAUAAUAAACACACAGUCCAAAUGUACAUCCAAACAUCCAAUAACAAGAUCAAUUUUAACAACAAGCCAGUUUUCCAUCGAGAGGUUUUCAGUGUUUAAUCAUAUUACAGGAAGAAGAAGCUAAAAAACAAACAAACAAAAGAAACAGAAACUCUACCUACAAUGUGAUAAAAGAGCUGCAGUGUUUUAUCAGCAUGUUUCAAAUUUCCCACAUAAAUCUCGUUAUUAACCUAGACUGCUCCUGAGAACAACCAUUGCAAUGAUUAAUGGCCUUGUGAGCAGAAUCGAUGAAUCAUUCCACAUUAGUAAACAUUUCGUGCUGAACUGGUUUCAACAAACAUCGGCGGGAGAAGCAGGAAACACACAUACAAAUGCCUUCCAUUAUUUAGACACCUUUUUCUGAGCUGUUCACAGUGUGUGUGCUGGACUCUAAGUGUAUUCGUGUAAGUUAGAGUAAACAAAACAUUGUCUUAUGAGUGUCAAACCAGAUUUAGAUGCUUGUGUAAACACUAAGAAUAAUUAUAACUAAAAAAACAGCACCUACAUUAAAGAUAAGAUUCUCUGUACAUUAAGAGCAUUUAGUCUUUAAAAAAAAAAAAUCAAUAUAAGCCAAGGUAUUCAUCAACAACUUAAUUUUUCCCAGCAUGACAUCUAUAAAGUCAUGUCUUGCGUUACUAUUAGUUUCAAAUUUAAAUAUUAAGGAAUUUUAGCAAAGAUAAAAUGAGAGGUUUACCUAUGCAUAAAUUAACUGCUCGCCUUAUUUAGCAAACUUCUGUUAAAGAACAAAAGGCGGUACAUUAACACAUAAUGCCAUGACCAUGAGGGGACGGAUCAGAAGACAAAGGAGAUCUUUUCCCAAAACUGUUUUCUGAAAACUGCUGUCUUCUGUUAUUCUACUUCAUUAGUGUCUUGUUUCCCUGGUACGUCGUGCCUUUGGGUGUUUCUUUUUUUGCCUUCCUUUCUCGCAGGAUGACUGCUUCAGAUUUCGAGAACAAACAAAAAAAAAAGCCUCUGGAUUUUGUCAUCAUUAUCAGCACAAACAGUUACUGUAUUCAUUGUAAGUGUCUGUAUUGUUAUGAGAAUAAUUUUACUCCCCAUUACAGAGUAUUAGUAUAACCAAGUAAAAGGUCAAAUUAACACCGCCAUUAAUAUCAAAGUACUUCUAAUAAAGGAUAGUUUUCUCUUGAACCUGAUUAGCUUUUUCAAAGGACCUUCCCACAAACUGAAAAGUAUAUUUAUUGAUAUUUACUUUGGA